GGGCCCUAGAGACUUGAGUCUCAUUCCGGUCCGCUCCAGGGUUGUAGGCAGAAGGCUCUGAGCGGUCAGAGGGGUUUCCUGUGUGUCAGCAACAUCACUCUGCCGAGAUAGCUGGCGGAAGAGCCACGGAGCGCUCUCGGACCAAUCGCUCUCCAGCAGCCAGCCCUACCCCUGACCCUGACCGAGCGCGCCCUGACCGCCGACUCUGAUGAAGACCGGCUCUCCCAGAAGCCGCCUCCGGCCCCGGGCGAACUUCGCGCAGGCACGCCCCUCGCCUCCCGGAGGAGCGCGGACUCGCCCGGGUGCCCAAACUCCGCCCAUCCUCGCGGGGAGCCCGGCUCGCCCUCCCGCCGCCUGCACUCAAGCAGGUCUCUAGAAGAGCCUGCGAGCUAACACAGACGGCGAGCCGGACGCGAUCCAGAAGCACACGAGUCUGCGACCACGCGCGCUCCGAUGGCCCCCAGACGCUGAGAGCCGGGGGCGCGGAGGCGGCGGCGCGGGCCCUAGAGCCGAGCUGCUGGCUUGCAAGGUAGGGCGCAGGAAGAUGCCCAAACGAAGUUGAUCUUUGGGGGAAGGAGGUUGGGGCGCGCCCUCCCCAUCUCAGCGAGUUUGGCUCGACCUCACUGAGCCCCCGGCGCGCUCUCCGGCGCGAACCCGCGGUCCCUCGGGAAAGCGCAGUCGGAAAGUUGUCGGCGGCGGUGUCCGUAGCGCCCUGUUGUGUAACCUCGGCGCUGCCAGCCUCACCGGGAAGUUGCUGGUCCUCCGGCCAGCCCGGUUCGGUCGCGGCCCGGGGCAGAUUUCAUGGCCCGCGGCGAACGCGGGGCCGGAGCCGGCGUGGGCGAGUCCCUGCUUGACCCCUCCCGCAGAGUUCCCCGGCGCCCCCUCCCGUCUGCUCGCCUGCCUUUCCGAUGCUCGCUGCGCCCCUCGCCGCCGCCCUCUUGCCGCCGCUCGCCCCUUGGAGCCACCGCCUAAGUCGGGGAGGAGAGAAUGACCGAGGUGCUGUGGCCGGCGGUCCCCAAUGGGACGGACGCUGCCUUCCUGGCCGGCCCGGGCUCGCCCUGGGGGAACAGCACAGUGGCCUCCACCGCCGCCGUCGCCUCUCCGUUCAAAUGCGCGCUGACCAAGACAGGCUUCCAGUUCUACUACCUGCCAGCUGUCUACAUCUUGGUGUUCAUUGUCGGCUUCCUGGGCAACAGCGUGGCCAUCUGGAUGUUCGUCUUCCACAUGAAGCCGUGGAGCGGCAUCUCCGUGUACAUGUUCAACUUGGCCUUGGCGGACUUCUUGUACGUGCUGACUCUGCCGGCGCUCAUCUUCUACUACUUCAAUAAGACCGACUGGAUCUUCGGGGAUGCCAUGUGCAAGCUGCAGAGGUUCAUCUUCCAUGUGAAUCUCUAUGGCAGCAUCUUGUUCCUGACCUGCAUCAGCGCGCACCGGUACAGCGGUGUGGUGUACCCGCUCAAGUCCCUGGGCAGGCUGAAGAAGAAGAACGCAGUCUAUAUCAGCGUGCUGGUGUGGCUCAUCGUGGUGGUGGGGAUCUCCCCCAUCCUCUUCUAUUCCGGCACCGGGAUCCGGAAAAACAAAACCAUCACCUGCUAUGACACCACCUCAGACGAGUACCUGCGAAGUUAUUUCAUCUACAGCAUGUGCACGACUGUGGCCAUGUUCUGUGUCCCUUUGGUGCUGAUUUUGGGCUGUUACGGAUUAAUUGUGAGAGCUUUGAUUUACAAAGACCUGGACAAUUCGCCUCUGAGGAGGAAAUCCAUUUACCUGGUGAUUAUUGUACUGACUGUUUUUGCUGUGUCUUACAUCCCUUUCCACGUGAUGAAAACAAUGAAUUUGAGGGCCCGGCUGGAUUUUCAGACCCCAGAAAUGUGUGCUUUCAAUGACAGGGUUUAUGCCACGUAUCAGGUGACAAGAGGUCUAGCAAGUCUCAACAGUUGUGUGGACCCCAUUCUCUAUUUCUUGGCAGGAGAUACCUUCAGAAGGAGACUCUCCCGAGCCACCAGGAAAGCUUCCAGAAGAAGUGAGGCAAAUUUGCAGUCCAAGAGUGAAGACAUGACUCUCAAUAUUUUAUCCGAGUUCAAGCAGAACGGAGGUACAAGCUUGUGAAGACGCAAGAAUCCCCCAACACCCACUUUUGUAACAUGGUCUGAUGCCCAGGCUGGUUUACAGUAUGUGUUAAGUACGUUGUUUCAGCUUCCAGAGAACUUUCUUUUGGUCCAGUGUGGAGGUGAACAGUGACUAGAAGUGCUCUUUUACUCCUUGGCAUGCUUUUUCCAGAGUGUUUCUUCUUUAGCUUCAUACAUCACAUGGUAGACAAUGAUGACAUGCAGAUGCCUGCCUAAUAGUGACAAGAAUGAUCUCUCCAACCCCUUCCAGGCACAAAUUGGUCUCUGGGACGAGUCUGCUAAUGGUGAUCUAUUGGCUGAAGAUCUGAUUCAUGAUAUAUGAUAAGAGUAGGUAUUUUAAGAGUAAAGGCAGAAAUCUACUGGCAUUUUGAUAAAAGAGUCAAAAUUACAGAACUUAGCAGUUAACUAAAUUUCACACUACAAAACUGUUUGAAUGCCAAGCUCAAGGCGUUUUAUGGCUCAUCAGUUGGCAUCUUUGACUCUUUGAACAUCAAUGUUUGCACCUGUUUGCAAACAAUGUUUGCACUUGUUUGCAUCAGUGUUUGCACUGAAAUGCUAAAAACACAGACCAAGAAGAGAUACAGCAUGAGAGUAGGAUUUGGAGUUAAAAUGGUGACACUGCCACUUGGCCAGCUGUGGAACUCUUGACCCUGGCAAGCCCACUCUCCGUGGAUUAAAAGGGUUAGAUGACAUCCAUCUGUUGGGGCCUUAGGGGAUGUGGUAAAGCCAGAGGUGCAUGAAGUCUGCUACUGUAUUUUCCAGGACUGUUCAAUUCCAGUCCUUGACUGAAAAUUCAUACAAAGUUCACCGACUGUGAUAUGGAUAUGACCUGUAGGUUUUCUCAGUCUCCUCAGGGCAGUGCACUACAUUGCCUUUGGAUACAAGAGAUGUCAGUGCUUAUAGCACUGUAGCAGCUUGUAGCAGCUGGAAUUGGACUAGUGACAAUAAAGAUUUGUAAUUAGUUAGAGAUAUAGUGAAGCUUUAACUUUGCUGGUCAAAUUGUAACUAUCAUAAUAGUAUUUAUUGAUGAAGCUCACAGCCCUCCCAUUGUACAGACUGAAGAACUUUCUUGAAAGUUCCAACAUACUGAGGUGAAUUAUAUUUAUUACAAUGUAUAAUAUUAAUAUGUCACACUGGUGUAUUUUACAUAAUAUAUGAUGCAUAAAAAAUGAGAGUUACUGUAUAUUAUGAUGCUUUCCAAAUAUCAGUAUCUUGAAAUGUUUAGGUCUUCAGAUUUCUUUUAUCUAAAAUACGAAAAUCUGUUUUGUGAUACAAGUGAUUCAUCUUCUCUACAAAUGCUUUUGCACGUUUUUCUUUUUAUUUAGGGUUCUUUCUACAUAGACACAGUUUGGUGUCAAUCGAUAGUAAAUACAAAAUAUCUUAGCCAGACUGGGUCUGUACUGUCUACAUUUUAUAUACUAUUGUAGAAAAGUUUAUAUUGUCUUUUUAAUACAUUUGGAAUUGUGUCCCCAAAUACAGUCAGAGCUUCCCAUUUCCAAAUGCAAAAGCCUUGUCCUAAAUUCAAAGGAGAUCUCUUACGUUUUAGAAGUAUGGUGAGAUGGGCAUUACAGAUACAACAUUAGAGUUUGAGGAAAUACUUUAGGGAGAUGGGGAGAGAAAGAGGCAGCUGAUGUAAUCAGUUACUGUGCUCAAUUCCGCUUCAAUUUUUAUUUUGUGUUUCAAGGUGAAAUAGUAUAAUCUUAAUUUCUGUGAGAUGGAGUUUCUAAGUAACACACUACCAGCAAGUUCAACACUGCUAGUAAUUUUAUUGUUUUCUUUGUUCAUUUGAUAACUUUAAUUCCAAUUUUUACAGUAAUAACUGUAUAUUAUUUAGCUGCUGAAUCCUGUUUCAGUUUUUUAGUUCUGUUUUACAUUGUAUUAUACACAUCAUUACAAAUUAAUAUGAAGGGGAAUAUAUGUUACAUAUCAAAAAUUGUGAAUUUGAAUUCUAGUAUGUUUUAGUGCUUUUGCCAAAAUGUUUAUUUUUAUAAUAUCUGUAAUUUUAAUAUAGAUAAUUGAACUAGAUUUCUUUGUGAUUAAUAGUGCCAUUGAAUGAGCAGUAUGGAAACAGUGUUACUUGACAUUUUGAGCUUUCUCAGGUUUAUCGAAAUCAAUGGUAGCUUAACAGAUUCUAGACUAAUUGUGCAUAAUUGUGUUUUAAAGGAAUGUAUAUUUCCUAUAAGUUUGCAUGCAGGAGUGUACAGCUUGGAGUGUGUGUGUGUGUGUGUGUGUGUGUGUCCAUGGCAUGGCAGCCAACUUCGUAUCUGCUGUUGGUAAUAACAGCAGAGCUUUGAUAUAAUCAUGGUCAUUAGAAUUGUACCUACCAUAGACAGUUAAAACUGAAAAAGUCUCAAUAAAACUAUGAAAUGUG